AUGCUCUCGCAAGCACUCUCGCAGCCCAACCAAGCCACUCCGGCGCCGAUCCGCCGCCUCCCGCACGAACUCCUCUCCCACAUCUUCGAGUUCUGCGACGCCUUCCCUCAGCGCAAAGCGACCCUCCGCGCGUUGUGCCUCGUCAGCAGGGACUUCUACAAGGUUGCUGCGCCGAUUUUGUACGGCAGGCUCGUCGCGAAGUUCGGGGAGCGGUUGGUCUACGGGUCCUGGUUCUGGCAACGUCGCGAGACGACGGAUUCGAGGCUUCUGCGGACGUUGGAGACAUCGGAGAAGGUCGCGAAACUGGUCAAAGUCCUUGAAGUGACGAUGGAUCUGUCGGAACGUUGGGUAGUCCCCGGUCCUUACGCCGACCCCGACCGUCAAGCCAGGUUACGCAUUCCCACCAUGCCCAAGCUGCGUACUGCGGAAGUCACGUUUGUGGACAGGUGGAACCACUCGCCGGACUACAGUGAAGGCGCCCUCUUGACGCUCGCGAGAGCGGCACCGAACCUUCAAAUCCUCUACCUUCACAGCCUCAACGACCGGCAUGACACAACGCUCAAGAAGAUCGCCAGGCUCGGCAACCAGUUCUGGGAGGCUUGGCCGAAGCUCGAGAAGGUUGUCGUCCGGAAGUGGAGGUCGGAAGCGUCGCCGUCGCACAGGAAAAUCGCGAAGGAUGCGAAGGCGUGGGACGUCAAGAUUGAGCCUGUUUGA